AUGGAUGCUAGAGAAAGGAGAAAAUUUAGAAAGACGGUUUUGAAUAGUAGUAAACAGUCAGUGAAAUCUACAUCAUCAAAUGUUGAAGAGAAUAUCUCAAAUUAUGAUAAGCAAUUAGAAUCUUCAUCUAAGAGGAAUAAUAUUCCCUACCAUAAUGAGAAUAUGGAUCCAAACACAUGUUCACAGUUUCAACAUACAAACUUGCCACAUUCUUCUUCAGAUCUGACUAUCACAAAUCCAUUAUCUGAUAGUCCUAAUGAGUACUUGGAUCACGGUGAUGAAAGUGUUAUUUGUGAAUGUUGUGAUGCAAAACUAUGGAAAGAUGAAGCUCUUCGAGAGAAAAAAUGCGGGAUGAAAACAAUUUACUCCCUUUGUUGUCUUCAUGGCAAAGUUCAGCUUCCAAAAAAGAAAGAGAUGGGUACUUCUUAUGUAAAUCGGUUUCGUUGUGCGGACUCAAAAAGCAAAUACUUUAUGAAGAACAUUCGUCGUAAUAAUUCAAUGUUCUCAUUUACAUCAAUGGGUGGCAAAUAUGAUACUUCCAUUAAUAGUGGAAAUGCACCAUACAUAUACAGGCUUAAUGGUCAAAACUACCAUAGGAUGGGUAGUCUUCUACCACCAGAUGGAAGAAAACCGAAAUUCUCUCAACUGUACAUAUAUGAUACCAAAAAUGAAGUUUCAAAUAGACACAGUUCAUUUAGUGAAAAACAAGAAGCYUCUGCAUCAAAUUCUGAUUCCCUUGAUAUUGAGAUUAUUCAAUACUUAAAGAACAUACUAGAUGCAAAAAAUGUGUUGGUGAAGUCUUGUAGAAUUGCAAGAGAUUGUUUUGAUUGCUACCUGGAUGUCAAGCUAAAGUUACGGCUGAUUGGAAAAAGAGAAAAGGAUGGAAGAACAUAUAACCUUCCAACUGCUUCAGAGGUUGCAGCUUUAAUUGUUGGAGAUGAUGGUGGUACAAUUGAAAAAAGUGAUAUCAUUGUACAAUAUCAGACAGGUUAUUUACAAGCAAUAAGUGAAUUACAUCAUUCUUACCUUCCUCUUCAAUAUACGUUGUUAUUUUCAUAUGGAGAAGAUGGUUACAGACUUGACAUUCCUCGUAGAGAGCAAAAAGUCCUAAGGUGCGAGACAUAUGAUGCUCCAUGCAAUGUACAAGAACAAGGAGAGUGGGAUGUUUCAAACAUUGGACAACGUGUUAUACUACCUUAUUCUUUCACCGGUCGUGCUUGGUACAUGAUGCAAAAUUAUUUGGAUGCAAUGUCCCUUUGCAAAUGGUAUGGAUAUCCUGACUUGUUUCUAAGCAUGACUUGCAAUCCAAAAUGGCCAGAAGUUAGAAGAUUUGUUAAGGACACAUGCCUAAAUCCAGAAGACAGCCCUGACAUUCUUUGUCGUUUAUUUAAGAUCAAGCUUGAUGCAUUUAUUAGAGAAUUAAAAGAGAAUGAGCUUUUUGGCAAAAUUCAAGCAGCGUGGCUUGCCUUACAGUCAUAUAUGUCUGUUUAUUGUUGGACCGAAAACUGGGGAACCGCCCACAUGAUAUUGUCUGCUUUAGGCUGCCCCUCUCGGCAACAACCCCUCACGGCUUUAAAACACGUCACUGGUAGAAGUAAGAUCCCCCCUUCCUUAUAA